AUGGGAGGAGCUGCUGCCGUGCAUCACCUGGCGUACAGGGCGCAUGACGGGCAGAAGAGGAAGAGCGGAGAGCCGUACAUCAUACACCCCGUGGAGGUCGCCCGGAUACUGGGCCAGCUGGAGAUGGACUGGGAGACGGUGGUGGCGGGGCUGCUGCACGACACGGUGGAGGACACGGACGUGGUGUCCUUCGAGCUGAUCGAGGCCUCGUACGGGCCGGCCGUCAGACGCAUUGUGGAGGGCGAAACCAAGGUGUCGAAGCUGGGCAAGGUGAAGGACGGCAGCAAGGCAGACGUGAAGGCAGACGAUUUGCGCCAGAUGUUCCUUGCCAUGACAGAAGAGGUCCGUGUGAUUAUUGUGAAGCUGGCGGACAGGCUACACAACAUGCGCACGCUCACGCACAUGCCGCCCCACAAGCAGAAGUACAUCGCUAUGGAGACCCUCAGCGUCUUCGCCCCCCUCGCCCGCCUGCUCGGCAUGUACCACAUCAAGACGGAAUUGGAAGACCUCUCAUUCCGGUAUGCGUAUCCUGAGGAGUAUCUGGAUGUGUCUGAGCGCAUGCUGCACCUCUGCACACAGCAACAAACUGCUCUGGAUGAGGCACGUGUGAUGCUAGAGGAAGCGAUGCGGAAGGACAAGUUUUUGGAUCUCAUGACUUCAGGGGCGAGGGUGGAGACUCGGUGCAAGGAACCGUACAGCAUAUUCAAGAAGGUGGUGGAGACUGGUGCCAAGGUGGAGGAGAUUCACGAGAUCUCUCAGAUCCGCGUGGUUCUCUCCAUGGAUGAUGCUGAUGAUCAGCCGGACAGCAGCUCGCGCAACAUUGCGCAGCAGGUGUCCUACCAUGUGUUGGGCCUCGUGCACGCCCUCUGGCGCCCUCUCCCAGGCACUGUAAAAGAUUACAUAGCAACGCCCAAGCCGAACGGGUAUCAGAGCCUGCACACCACGGUGCUGCCGCUGGGAGCAUCCUCUCUCUUUCCCGUGGAAGUACAGAUCCGCACCGACCACAUGGAUAAGCUUGCCGAGUGGGGUAUCGCUGCUCACCACACUGGCCGCCACCCCCACCUGCUGCUGCACGGCCAGCAGCAGGAGGGGCAGGCGCAGCAGGGGCAGCAGAUGAAGCAGGAGGGGCAGGGGCAGGCAAAGCAGCUAGCUGAUGGGUCGGAGGAUCUAGCUGGGUUGCUUCUCCCAGGCUUGGAUUACUCAACCACAGAUGAUUCCGAAGGAGAUAGCGACAGCUCAGGUAGUGACGACGAGCCGGGCCUUCCUCCUGCUGCCUCUACCAUCAGCAGCGUUGCGGUGUGCGGGGGGGUGACUGAGACGCAGAGCAGCUGGAGCAACGACGCUGACGUGGCGAGGCGGGUGAGCUGGCUGAACUCGAUUCGCGAGUGGCAGGAGGAGUUUGUGGGGGCGAUCAGCGCGCGGGAGUUUGUGGAUACGGUCACGUGCGACCUGUUUGGGUCGCGGAUCUUCGUGUUCACGCCCAAGGGGGAGGUGAAGAACCUCCCCAAGGGCGCCACUGUGAUUGACUACGCGUACCACAUCCACACUGACGUGGGCAACCGAAUGGUGGCCGCCAAGGUGAAUGGCAACUUUGUCCCGCCCACGUAUGCCCUGUCCAAUGGGGAGGUCGUUGAGGUCCGCACAUACAAAGGCGGGUCUGGUGGUUCGCGCAAGGGCUUCAAGCAGCGCCAACAGUGGCUGCAGCAUGCCAAGACGAGGAGUGCCAGGCACAAACUCACAAAGUAUUUGCGGGAGCAGGGUGCGCUGAAUUCGCAUGAGAUCACGGCCGACAGAAUCAACGAGUUCCUUAUUGACCUGCAAUCCGCUGACGCCCGCCCUGCAGCUAGCAGCAGCCGCAGCAGCAGCAGCAGUAGUGGUAGUAGUAGUAGCAGCAGCAACACUGCCACAAGCAGCAGCAGUGGCGGUAGCAGCGGUGGUGGCAGCAGCACCGUCAUGUCUGGCAGUAACAACGGAUCGGCCACUUUGCCUCUUAUUUCGGAUUCCCUUGUCCCCACCAGCCAACCCACUCAAUCACCCUCCAUACAGUCACCAUCAACAUCACUCCCAUUCGACUUGUCCCCAUCCACCACCCGUUCAGCCUCCCCUCCCCCUCGCUCAUCCACACCAUCCGCCACAACGGCUGUUCCCCAGACUCCCACCAAGGAGAGGCAGGGGCGAUUGGCAGUGGGAGAGGGAGAAGCAGGUACAGGGUCUAGAAAGGGGCGCUCAGGCGAAGUGGGGAGGAGCAUAGAUGGUACCGUGAGGGGGAGAGAGGUGGGAUUAGGAAGGGUUGAACCGGGGGAGGUGGGAUCUGAGACAGGGGCGGCUGGAAGAGGGUAUCCUGCUGGUGAAAGCAGCUCAGAGGUUUUGCGGUUUUCUGAUGAUGGGGCUGCUGCUGACGUGGCGUCCGCUCGGCUGGCGUCGGGCGAUGCUGACAUGUCGCUGGCUAGCGCUGAUGUGGAGCUCUUGGAAGGCAGGUUGGAAGGCAGGACCAGGAGUGACGAUGACGGGAUGAGUGGUGAUGCUGGGGUAGAAAGCAGAGAGGAGGGGGUAGAUGAGCUAGUAUCACGGCUGUUAGAGGGAGUAACAGGGGAAGCAGGAGCAGCAAGGUUGGAUGAAGGUGGAGGAGGAACCGGGGCGACCAGCAUGGGAAGAGGAAAAGGAGAGGGUAACGGCAUGGCUCGUCCAAUGGAAGAAGGAUAUUCGCCACAAGGAGGAUUGGCAGCAAUAGCACCAGCAGCAGCACCUGCGUCUCCAGCAGCUGUAGCAGGGCCAACAGCAGCAGGAGGCGUUUCUAGUGGUAGAGAUGCAUCAGGGGAGUCAGGAGGGGGGUCGGACAGAGCCGGUGCAGCGGAGGGAGGGGGGGCAUGUGUGGAUGCGUUUGCGGAGUUUGAGGAGUGGCAGACGCAGACCGUUGCCAUGUGGCAGUUCCUGAGUGGCCGCAGAAAGGUGGUGCUGUGGCUGGCCGUGCAGUGCUACGAUCGCACAGUACCUUUUUCAUAUUGUCUUUGCCGUUUCUUCCCCUUUGUUCUUAAUGCUGUCGCCUUCCUCUCCUCCCUUCACCACCACCAACAGGGGCGCACCAACCAGGAGGCGGGCACGGGAGUAAUGUUAUUCGAGGUGGAUGGACUGGACCCUGAUUUCGUAAGUGCACUGCAUCUGCUUCCCCUCAUCACCUCCCCCAUCGCCUCCCCUCAUCACCUCCCCCAUCGCCUCCCCUCAUCACCUCCCCCAUCGCCUCCCCUCAUCACCUCCCCCAUCGCCUCCCCUCAUCACCUCCCCCAUCGCUUCCCCUCAUCACCUCCCCCAUCGCCUCCCCUCAUCACCUCUCCCAUCGCCUCCCCUCAUCACAUCCUCCACCACCUCCCCGCCAUCUUCCCACCGCCCUUCCCACCAACUCCCUCUCCUCCCCCAACCCACACUCCCUCCCCUCUCCUGGUUCCUCCUCAAGCCUUAUCCAUCUCCCUCUCCUUAGCUCCUUCGCAUGUUCUAAGGCGAUCGUGGUCCUGGAAAGACUUCUUCCAAAAAGCACAACUUACCUAA